AUGUCUUCUUCGACUAUUAGGCGCCGAGCCAUCCCCACCGACAGCAACAUCGAUAGUGAAAUUUCGACCCCUCGAGACGAAAGCCCCGAGAAACCCGAGACUGUAGCUCACGUUGUUCACCAUGUAAAACCCAAGACACGGAAACGCCGGAAUGGCGCCAUCUUCUUACUUGGAAGUUUAUUUGGAAUCAUAGCCGCCGGCUUUUUCGCGAAAAGCAACGACCUCAUAGAUUUCCCCGAGCUUGGAGAGCUUAGCAUGGACAGCUUCUUCGAUGUUCUGCCAGCUGGCUUGGUUAAGGACAUGCGGGAGCUUGUGCAAGGCGAGCGAGAAUUCGUCGAUAGCUACGAUGCCUUCUCCGUAGGUUUGCAAGCCCGCGCCGAGGGUCUUCAUGCCCAUCACCCCAUGAUCAUGGUCCCUGGCGUCAUCUCAACAGGCCUCGAAUCGUGGGGCACGGCCAACGUUUCCCGCCAGUAUUUCCGAAAGCGCCUCUGGGGUAGUUGGAGCAUGAUGCGUGCGCUGGUCCUCGACAAGGAAAACUGGAAGAAACAUAUCAUGCUGGAUCAGGAGACCGGUCUCGACCCCCCUCAUAUCAAGUUGCGAGCUGCUCAAGGCUUCGACGCAACCGACUUCUUUAUCACCGGUUACUGGAUCUGGAACAAGAUUUUCGAGAAUCUGGCAUCAAUAGGCUACGACCCGACUAAUUCCUUCACUGCCGCGUACGACUGGCGUUUGGCGUACCCCAACCUCGAAACACGCGAUCAGUACUUUUCGAGGCUCAAAUCUUACAUUGAAACUGCGCAUGCGUUUUCGGGCAAGAAGGCCGUUCUCGUGUCCCACAGCAUGGGAGGGCAAGUCCUUUUCUACUUCUUCCACUGGGUCGCAUCCGAGAGUGGUGGACGAGGUGGCGAUGAUUGGGUCGAACAGCACGUCGAAGCUUGGAUCAACGUGAGUGGCUGCAUGCUUGGUGCUGUCAAGGACUUGACAGCUGUCUUGUCAGGUGAGAUGAGAGACACAGCUCAGCUGAACGCCUUUGCCGUGUACGGCCUCGAGAAGUUUUUGAGCAAAGACGAAAGAGCCCAGCUCUUCCGAGCAAUGCCUGGCAUUUCUUCCAUGCUUCCCAUUGGAGGAGAUGCUGUUUGGGGCAAUUCGACAUGGGCACCUGAUGACAAGCCGGAUCAGGAGCUGUCUUACGGUUCUCUCCUCAAUUUCCGUAGCGGCAUGAAUUGGACAACUCCGGAACGGAAUCUGACGGUCGAGUCAGCCAUGAACUAUCUCUUCAACACUACAGAGGAGUGGUACUCGAGGAAUGUGAAGGGUGCCUAUUCCCAUGGUGUAGCACACACUCAAGACGAGGUCGACGCCAACGAAAAAGACCCAAACAAAUGGAUCAACCCCCUGGAGACACGUCUGCCUCUGGCACCGAGCCUCAAGAUCUACUGCUUCUACGGUGUAGGCAAGGCAACGGAGCGAGGCUACUACUAUCGGUCACCAGACGCACCGGCUCUCACGAACCUGAACAUCACAAUCGACACAACCCUCACGCAGGGAGAGGUGGAUCAUGGUGUCGUCAUGGGAGAGGGCGACGGAACAGUAAAUCUUCUCAGCACGGGAUACAUGUGUAACCGCGGGUGGAACUACAAGAGGUACAACCCAGCCGGUGUCAAGGUGACGGUUGUCGAGAUGGAGCACGAACCCGAGCGAUUCAAUCCCCGUGGAGGACCCAAGACGGCAGACCACGUGGAUAUUCUCGGGCGGCAACAUCUGAACGAGCUCAUCUUGAGGAUCGCGGCGGGCAAGGGAAAUACGAUUACCGACUAUGUUGUUAGCAACAUUAAGGAGUACGCCGACAAGGUCAAGGUGUAUGACGACGGCCAAAGACCCGAUGAGGAGCAGGAUACCUGGGAGGAGACUUUGGAAAAAUUGGUCGGCAACAGACUCAGUGUGUUGUCGCUGCCGCUGCCGCUGCCGCUCAGUGGGCCUGUACAGUGCUUCAAGGGUGGACCGUCCGUCCUUACCUCAUCCAGCUCGGGCCUGGCCCCAGGCUGCCCUGGCCUGACUAGACCAUUCCACCCACGUAUCAGCGGUGGUUCUAGCAUCAUGGCCGACUUCGAUCUAUACGAGUCUCUCGAGACCAAGCACCAAUUUUGGGAAGAGCUCGACGACGUCGUCACUACCCAAUACCAGUCCCACGACUUAAUCGACGAAACCCUGCGAUCGUGGCUCUAUCUUACUUCGAGGUUCAGAGACAAGUUCCCCGAGAACGAAAAUGAUGUCGCCACCUGCUGCGAGAAGCUACUGCAAUGCAAGCUGUUUCAAGACAACAAGGACUACAUUCGCAACCAGAUCGUCUACAGCCUUUUGCAGGAGGAUGAACCCCCGUCGCUGCACGCCAUUAUACUAUUCCUUUUGCUCGACGGCCAUGCCGAUGAGGCCUUAUACUCUCGUAUGAUCGAGGAGGCGUGCUUCCCUCGCCUCCUCGAGCUGAUUAACGGACGUAAAGACCAGGAUCUGAGGCUGCAUCGCUUGCUUCUGGAGCUGAUGUACGAAAUGUCCCGGGUCGAAAGGUUGCGCACCGCCGACUUGCUCCAGGUCGACGAUGGCUUCAUUGCAUACCUCUUCCAGAUCAUCGAGGAGUUAUCCAACGACGUUCACGACCCAUAUCACUAUCCGAUUAUCCGGGUGCUGUUGGUUCUCAACGAACAAUACAUGCUCGCAUCCACCGACGUCGCCUCAGAUCCGAACUCGCCCACAGCCCCUCUCACGAAUAGGGUGAUCAAGUGCCUUAGUCUCCACGGCGAUUCGUUCCGCACAUUCGGAGAGAACAUCAUUUUACUUUUGAAUCGUGAGACGGAGACGUCCCUGCAACUCUUGAUCCUGAAACUCCUUUAUCUAUUAUUUACAACCAAAGCCACAUAUGAAUAUUUCUACACCAAUGACCUCAAGGUUCUCCUUGACGUUAUCAUUAGGAACCUGAUGGAUUUGCCAGACGAAAAGAUAUCGCUUCGCCACACAUACCUCCGAGUCCUGUACCCACUCCUGGCGCACACGCAACUGAGCCACCCGCCGCACUACAAGCGUGAUGAGGUACUCAAGGUCUUGAGGAUUCUGGGUGGUUAUGGAAAUUCUCACUUUGCCCCUGCGGACGAAACGACGGUGCGUCUAGUCGACCGAGUCUCGAAAGUGAAAUGGCUUGUCGACCAGGAGGCUUCUGGCGAGGCAGAGGUGGCUCGGAAGUUCCUGGGGAUCAGUCUCACACGUUCGGACACGGCGAGCAGCGUUAGUGUUGUCGACGUCGCCGCCGUCAUGGAGAAACCGGGUGUCAUCACCCCGAGUCGCAAGGCCGAGGCAGACGCCGAAGCCAAACAAGGUGAGGCAAAGGCCGGGGCAGGCGCUGUGCGGCCGAAGAAGCCGUUGCCCGAGGUACCAAAACACCGACAUGGCGUGCCGGUCGGACCGACGACGACGUUGCAUUUGAAUGGACAUAAGAAGAUACCACCAAAAGCACCGCCGCCACGGAGAAAGACGAAGCUCCAACCUUUGGAGCCCGUAGCGGACAGUGCCCCUAUGCCAGAGGCUUGA